AGGAACCUUCCGACGAACUUUGUGUCCUCGGAGUUUCCUCGGAAUUCCGUCGGAAAUUUCCGACGGAAUUCCGAGGAAAUAUGAAUUUCCGAUGAGAUAUUUCCGAGGACUUUUUUCGUCGGUAUGUCCUCGGAUAGCGUUAUUCCGACGACAUACCGACGAUUUUUUCCCUCAGUAUGCCGAUGUUUUCUUGUAGUGAUUAAAGAUCUAAAAAAGACUUGACAUACUCAAUUCCAUCAAAUUUAGUUGAUAUUUGUCAUAUAUAUCUAAAUUUUUUUACAAAAUAACUUAAAUGAAACUAUUAAUAAUUAAAAUAAAACAUUUUUAAACUCUAAAUUUUGCAUUUUAAAGCUUCAUAUUACUUAAAAAAUGUUAUAAAAUAAUAGCAAAUAUUGUUAGCAAAAAAUAUUUCAACUAAAUCAUAAAAUAACAUAUAUAAAAUAGAACACAAAAACAUCAUAGUUUUAGAUAUACAUGUUUUUAAGUCGGAUACAAAUCGGUUCUUAUCGAAUCGGGUCGGUUCCUUUCGGGUCUGGAUCUAUUCGGGUCGGUUCCUUUCGGUUUCAAGUCUAUUCGGAUAAAAAAAUUUAGACCAAAAAAAUACUUGUAAAUUUUUGUUCCGGUUCAGAUUUUUGGGUCCAUGUUAAAAUACCUAGGCCUAUUCACGCCAUUUCAAUAGUUCCGAGGCUUCUCCAUGAAUAUUUAUUUUCCGAAUGUUAUUAAAUACUUCGUUAUUUAUUUCAUUUUCAUCAGGCCAACUAGGAAAUAUCAAAUCACUUCUCUCAUCACGUGCAUUAACUACGCUUUAUAACUACGCUUAAUAUAAAAUAUUCAUGUAUAUAUAGAUAGGAAGUUGCGCCAUAUGGCACAAAAUCAACCGUCACAAGCUACGUACAUGCUCUGUAUCUUACCAGUUACAAGAGCUCCAAUAUCGCAUUUUUCCAUUCUUGCAUCCUAAAGAAAAAGGAAACUUUUAACCCUAAUCCAAAGUUCGUAUCUCUAUAAAAGGAAACCUUGGGUGACACUUCUCUCAGAAACCCUAUAAAAAAACUCAUAUACUUUGUUCUUCCCAAGAGUCUCAGAGAUUCGCUUCAAUGGAGUGGGUUCGUGGAGAAACAAUUGGAUACGGAACGUUUUCAACUGUCAGCCUAGCGACGCCGUCAGAUUCCGGCGGUUUCCCGCCUCUUAUGGCAGUGAAAUCGGCGGACUCUUACGGCGCCACCUCCCUCGUAAACGAGAAGUCGGUGUUGGAUUCACUCGGAGACUGCCCUGAGAUCGUACGCUGUUACGGCGAGGAUCAAACGGUUGAGAAAGGAGAGAAGUUGCAUAACUUGCUAUUGGAGUAUGCUUGGAGAGGAAGCUUAGCGACGCAACUAAUGAAACUAAACGGCGAGGGUUUACCGGAAUCCACCGUGCGCCGCCACACAGGAUCCUUGCUCAGAGGAUUACGUCACAUCCACUCGAGAGGGUUCGCUCACUGCGAUAUAAAACUCGGGAAUAUUCUGUUAUUCGACGACGGCGCCGUUAAGAUUGCGGAUUUCGGUUUGGCGAGAGAUUUAACGGUGUCAAGAGAAGGCGUGGAGAUCAGAGGGACGCCGUUAUAUAUGGCGCCUGAAUCCGUUAACGAUAACGUGUACGGAACAGCUGCUGACGUGUGGGCGUUAGGAUGCGCCGUAGUGGAGAUGUCUAGCGGAAAAACGGCGUGGAGUGUUGAAGAAGGGUUGAACUUCAUGUCGCUUUUGAUACGAAUCGGUGUCGGGGACGAGUUGCCGAAGGUUCCAGAGGACUUGUCGGAAGAAGGAAAAGACUUCUUGUCGAAGUGUUUCGUUAAAGAUCCCGAGGAAAGAUGGACGGCCGAGAUGCUUUUAAACCAUCCUUUCGUAGCCGUCGAUUGUGAAGACAAUGGUCAACGGGAAGACUUAUUUGUGGAGGUGAAAGAAAAAGUAUCAACGUCGCCGAGAUGCCCGUUUGAAUUUUCCGAUUGGGAACCUAUCGCGUCGGAAUCAGUCAUGCAAUAUCAGCCGUUGGAUUCUCCGGUGGAGAGAUUUGAGAGCCUGGUUAGUGAAUCGAUCCCUAAUUGGUCCAUCGCACAAGGCUGGGUCACCGUACGGUGACGGGAGUGAUAGAGAAACAGGGGAAAAUAGACUUGUUGACAAAGGCUAGGUUAUUUUUGUUACACCUAGUUGGAUCCAAAUUCAACGAUUCUUAUUCAAUUUAUUAACAUGUAAUGUGUUUGUUAAUAUGAACAAUUCAUUGUAGUCUUAACGUAUCAUUGAUGUUUUUUGUUACUA